CGAUAAGAGUCCAACAGGUUCAAUUCGAAGCUCUGCAAAUUCUGAGCCACUCGCCAAGAGUUCCAUGGCCACAACAACUUAGCAAAAACCCACACAACUUCCGAACCAAAAUUCAAUCCGUCAAUGGCGUCGAUUGCCACCUGCUUCACGCUUCCGCAGAAGCCCCACUGUCCUCGCCGUCGCAUCUUCAAAUCCUCACUCCUCCCCAACCCUCCCAGAACCUUCCGUCUCCACCCGACGCCCGUUUUCCCCGGAUUUGGCGCCAAGUUUCGGGAAUCUAGGGGUUUGGUGUCGGCGGUGAAGUCGAGCCUCGACGCCGCCAGCGCUGCAAUCAGGCCCGGCGGAGCUGUGGAGAGCGAUAAGUUGCCUUCGGAUGUGAGGAAGCGAGCGAUGGAAGCUGUGGACGCUUGUGGAGGGAGAGUGACGAUUGGUGACGUGGCUGGCCGGGCUGGGCUCAAGCUUAACGAAGCUCAGAACGCUCUGCAAGCCCUCGCUGCUGACACUGAAGGAUUCUUGGAGGUUUCGGAUGAAGGCGACGUGCUCUACGUUUUCCCCAAGGAUUAUCGGGCGAAGCUUUUAGGAAAAUCGCUUAGAAUGAGAGUUGAGCCUGUGCUUGAGAAGGCAAAGGCUGGGGUUGAGUAUGUAGCGAGGGUUUCGUUUGGAACUGCCCUAAUUGCUUCCAUUGUUCUUGUUUAUACUGCAAUUGUUGUUGCUCUGUCUUCUGGUAGAAGUGAAGAGGACAAUCGUGGAAGACGUGGAGGAAGGUCAUAUGAUUCAGGGUUCACUUUUUACAUGAAUCCCGGUGACCUCUUUUGGUACUGGGAUCCAUAUUACUAUAGGAGGCGACGAGUACAAACAGAACGAGUACAAACAGAUGAUAACAAGAUGAAUUUCGUUGAAUCCAUUUUCUCAUUUGUAUUUGGCGAUGGUGAUCCGAACCAAGGAAUCGAAGAAGAGAGAUGGAAGUUGAUCGGACAAUACAUAUCCUCUAAAGGUGGUGUUGUUGCAGCUGAAGAACUUGCUCCAUAUCUUGAAGAAUCUUCAGGGGAUACUCUGAAUGAUGAAACAUACAUUUUACCUGUUCUGUUAAGGUAUGAGGGUCAGCCUAUCAUAGAUGAAGAGGGAAACAUUCUGUACAAGUUUCCAUCUCUACAGCGCACAGCGUCUUCUCAGAGGAGUGGAAGGAAGGAAUAUGUGGGGAGAAGAUGGGCUGAUUUUGUUGGAGGUGUUGACAAAUUUUUCCAGGAGAAGAAGUGGCAAUUCAGUAACACUAGCAUUUCUGAGAGAGCAAUGGUUGCUGGACUUGGUGGACUAAAUUUAUUUGGGGUUAUCAUUCUUGGAACCAUCUUAAAGGAUACUACAACUGCACCAGCUGGUUUUAUUGAGUUUAUUAAUAGCAUAUUUCCACUACUUCAGAUUUAUGCUGGUUCUUUCUUUGCAAUUCCUUUGUUCCGGUGGUUCCUCCUGCUUAAGACAAACGCUGACAUAGAAAAAAGAAAUAAAGCAAGACAGCAGUUUGCUCGAUCCCUUGAAUUGCCGGAUAUCUCACUUAGAAGAAAGCUCCUCAGUGCUCGGGAAAUGGCCCAAAAAACAUUCAUAGGGCAGGAUAGAAUUGUAUAUAGCACGGACAAGGAUUUGGUUGAGCAAGACUAUGAAGCCCAAGAAUGGGAUAAGAGGUUUCGAGAAAUCGAAAAGUCAGAUUGAGAAGAGGCUACUGUUAAAUGGGAGAGCUACCAGUGGUCUUCCUCAAGAAUAUUAGAGCUUCAAGCUGUCGAUUGGCAAGCUUACGCACCCUCGGUGGUAUUAGCAUUUGUUUGAAAUGUAGAUUGACAUUCUGGAGUUCUGGUGGGGUGCAACUGGGAAGAAAGUAAGAAACCUUGUAAUAUGGAUCUCAGGUGGACAACAAAACUAUUUUACACACGAAAGAAUCUAUGGAUCAUGAGGCUCAUGUAUAUGUUUCGGCAUAUCCCCUUGUGUCUGGAAUUUGCAGAAUCGGACACAGGUAGCUUUCCGUGGCCGUGAAAGUCACCUGAGAGGGAAAAAGAGGGCCGAUACUAGCUUCUCACUUUGUUAACUUUGUCGAACGAACUAAUAGAAUACUGAGUGUUAGAAACAAGCCCAUCAUAGUUGAGAAUCUGCUGUUCAUCUCGGGAUUGUUUCUACUAAUACUGUUUUUUGGUUCA